AUGGCAAAGAAGAAGGAAUAUUCAACAGUGGAUGAUCAACUGAAUGUCUACCCUACUCCCAGAGAAGCUCUCCAUCCAGACGAACAGCUCCUACAACAACAAACAGACCACAGAUCACAUUCGAAUCAAAUGCCCCAAAAACCUAUAUUCAGCGGCAACGGGGAACGUAUAUAUCCAACUCCGCAGGAAGCAAUUAUGCGACAGAACCGACCGUCUCCCAUAGCGGUCCCCUCCAACAACGGACCGGGAACGUCAUCACCCCAAUUUCCACCACAAAAAGUUGAUUAUCGCCCUUACGCUUCCAGCAGUCAUCAGCAACAAUUCUCUCCAGUCCCACCCCAAGUACAGAGCCAGAGGCAUGGAUCAAAUUCAACCGUGAAUAGCUAUUCAUCUUCACCGAGGAACACAAUUCUGGAAAGAAAUGCGCAACAACUAGAGUUCCAAAGAAAUGCAAUCAGGAAUGAAAUCUCAGAUCCCCCUCCAAUGGUGGAUAAAUAUUCGCAUCAAUUAAGAUCAGCGUCGUAUCCAGAAGUUCACACACCCACAGCAGUUGAAUCUCCAACGUACCACCAGCCAAGAGCGUUUCAGAGAAAACCUCCACCAAUAAUCCCUAACAACACUCAGAAAAGACCACAAUCCAAAGAAGAAAGAAAAGCGAUCAUGAUGAAUAGAUUCAAGGAGGCCGAUUAUAGAAGAAAGGGCUUCCUAACAGAAUCUGAGCUAGCUGGAGUCCUCAGAAAUAGUGACCAAACUACCUUCCGGCCUUCAACAGUGAGCCUAAUGAUUAAUUUAUUUGACGAAAAUGAUACCAAGACCAUUGAUGUCACAGGAUUUGGUCGUUUAUUGGAAUAUAUUGACUAUUGGGAGGAGGUUUUUUUUAUUUAUGAUAGAGAUCAUUCUUAUUCUAUUUCCUUCAACGAAUUCAAGGCAUUGAUCAAAGACACAGGAUACAGUCUUCCAAGUUCAACAGUGGAAUUCAUUUUUCGAAAACACUCCAGCAACUCUGGAUCUGAUAUGAGGUUCGACAGUUUCAUAGAAAGCAUGGUAUGGUUACUAAGAAUCACGGACAGUUUCAAAAAAUUCGAGUCAAAAGGGACAGGAGUGGCUGUCUUUCCGUUCCAUAACUUUAUAGAGGAAAUAUUUAGUCUUAAAUGA